GAAUCAGAAAUUUUUUCUUCUUACGGCGUCGGAGUUAUUUGUGUUAUAAUCAGGAGAAAUGGUUUAUUUAACGAUUGCAAAUUUAUUAACGAUGAAAUUGUAAAUAUUUCUUAUAUUUUUAACGCACUAGACUAAUUGAAAGUGAAUGUGCAUUACUUGGCGUGUGUUGUGUUCGAGAAACGAGCGUGCAAAAGUGAUUUUGGUUCUGAGUGUGCAUUUGAAUCCGUAUCGUGUGAGAGUGAGAGAGAGAGAGCAAGCGUAAAUGGAAAUACAUAAAACUAUAUAACACACAUACAACAUAAAACAUUACGUGUGUGAGCUCGACCAAAAAAAAAGAUUGUGCGUCUACUACCCCCUAUCAAUAAAUUUCAUAUUUAAUACCUCACCAUAAUGGAUUUUGUACAAGUAUCCGAGGAGGAGGGUGAUGAGCCCAUCGAAUUGCCAGCCGAGGAGGAUGGGACAUUACUUUUGUCCACUUUACAGGCCCAAUUCCCUGGCUCCUGUGGCCUUAAAUAUAGGAAUAUGGACACUAAAGCAGUGCGUGGUGUUCGUUCCAAUGAGGGCAGGCUUUUUCCACCCAGUGUCGAUUCGGGCUGGGGAGAGUACAUCUACUUUUGCGUAUUUCCAAAAGGUAUAACGAAUUUCCGAAGCUCUGCCGCACAGAUCGACAGUCCACCUUAUCGCCCCAUAUCCAUACCUCCCAUAGAGAACAAGCGUAAGAGUGACGAUAAUUUGGAGAACUCGACGGCGAAAACAAAACGAAUUGAAACACGUUUGCGUUGCACAGACUUGAUUGUCCUUGGCCUGCCAUGGAAAACGACUGAGGAUAGCCUACGGGAGUAUUUCGAAAGCUUUGGCGAAGUGCUCAUGGCCCAGAUUAAGAAAGAUGUGAAAUCGGGUCAAUCUAAAGGAUUUGGAUUCGUACGAUUCGGUUCGUAUGAAGCACAAAUGCGUGUUCUUUCCAAUCGUCAUCUCAUCGAUGGCCGUUGGUGUGAAGUCAAAGUACCCAACUCAAAGGGGAUGGGCCAUCAAGUGCCAUGCAAAGUGUUCGUCGGACGUUGCACCGAGGAUAUUAAUUCCGAUGAUCUUCGCGAAUAUUUUUCAAAAUUCGGUGAAGUUACAGAUGUAUUCAUUCCUCGACCAUUUCGGGCAUUCAGUUUUGUUACAUUUCUGGAUCCAGAUGUGGCUCAAUCACUUUGCGGCGAGGAUCAUAUAAUUAAAGGCGUUUCUGUACAUGUGUCAAAUGCCGCACCAAAAGCCGAGCAGAAUCGAAAUCAUCAGGGACAAAGUUACAACUAUAAUACGGGAAAUAGUUUUGGCAUGCAUUCGUAUCAUCAUCCCCAGGGGAAUCACAUCAAUUCGGGCCGUAGUGGACACCACAGAGGUAAUAACCAACACAAUGCUCAUGGAGGUGGUGAUAACUCGGCAAUCGUUAAUAGUCACGGCAACAUUGGCAGUGGUGGCUAUGGUGGUAUGGGUGGCAAUAAUUUCGGUGGUGCCAAUUCUGGCGGGGGCGGCUACAAUAGUAGUGGUCACAAUAGUGGCGGGAAUAUCAAUCGCCAGGAUGGUGGCGGCGGUAUUCCCUAUAAUAGGCCAAAUAAUUUUCAUGGCAUGAAUCAACCGCAGCACAACGGCAACGUUGGCGGCAGUGGCGGUUGGAUGAACAGGGGACAUUUGGAUAUGCCCAAUUUGCAGGCAUUAGGCAUCAAUUCGCAAGGAUCGAGCUCAUCGAAUCAAGGUCAAAAUAUGAACAACCCCUUAGGGGUCGGCCUUAAUUUAAACACAUUGCCGAUGAACCCGGCUUUGGUAGCUGCUGCCCUAAAUCAGUGGAGCAUGCUUGGUAAUCAGCUGCAAAAUCAAAACCAGGAUCAGCAGGGUGGCAAUUUUUUAUCAUGGAUGGCCCAAAACGGAGGUCACUCCAACGCAAAUAACUUAAACAAUUGCGGUGGCGGCGGCGGCGGUGGAGGCGGUCGCAAGGGUUCCAAUAAUCCAAACAAUUCAGGCUCCAGUGGCAUGAACAAAGUCGACAACUCUGCCUGUAAUGACCAACAGAAUGGCUGUGCACCCGGCAACUCUGGCUGGUCGAAUCAGAGCAGUGGCUCCCAGAAUUCUGUGGACAAGUCUAAUUUUCUUUAAUUCAAUUUAAUUUAAAUACCAAUAUGUCUUUUUUUGGUACUGAAGUAUAUAUAUAUAUAUAUAUUUAGGUAUUUUUAAUUUUAUUUAACUAAAGUUUGUGUAGUUAUGCUUACCUGAAAUUGUGUAUGUAUGUACAAUACUUGUCAUAGCUUAUUCUCAGAGUCCUAUUGACGAAGUAUGUUACAAUGGCCAAGAAGAAUGAUGUUGAAUAAAUUACCAUGAUCUUUUUAGUUUUGAAGUUAACAAAAAACCGUAUUAGACGAUGUGAAAUUUUGUAAACUUGAAAUAAAUACUAAUUGCUUAAAAGAAGAUAUAUAGAGAGAGCUAUAAGCAAUUUGUUUAAGCAACAAAAAAAAAAAACUAUGUAAUUGGAAGAAUAGAAAAUUUUAAUUUACCAGAAUGUAAAAUUGUUAAGUAAAAAACCAUUGACAAACAUUUGCCCAAAUUUGUAUUAAGGAAAAAAAACAACAAUAGUAACGAAUAAAACAGUGACGUAAACUCUUAAAACGUCAUCCAAUAAAUAUUGUAUCUCUUUUUCACAAUUAAAGACAUCUUAAAACAAAAAGAUUAAUACUAAUUGUAUAAAAUUAAAGAAAUACUGUAUAUUUAUUUCGUUCACAAUUAUAAGUCAUGAAGAAAAUUCCA